CAGGGAUAUCAAAGGCCUAAUUAGUGUAUGUAUUGCUACUGCCUGCACAUGCAUGCACACUUGGAUGGAAAUGACGGGGAGAAAAACAGAUUUUGCCUGCGGGUAAAAGUAGGCCUGCAGAAGCAGUAGGAAUACUUUACACAGAGUUUUGGUCAAACAAGUUUGACAAGACUGUGCAUCACCCGCCCUCCACGCUGGCAAAGGCAAACAGUGUGUGAUGCUGCCUAUUUAUGACCCCGCCUAUAGUCCUAGUGCGCACAUCGCCUUUGGUUUCAGACUCCCGAGUCCCUAGCGCUAAGAUUCUUUAUCAAAAACCUGUUGAGGUAUGCCUUACAUGACCCUUAAAACUUUCUAGUAACUGUUUGACAUUUUGUCAGUCUUUAAAGCCUGAGCAAACUGCCAAUCCGAUGUGUCGGACAUGGCUACAGUUCCUCGCGCUUCUGGGUGGAUUUGCAGUGCCAGGUGUGCUGCGAGUUGGUGGGAUGGAGGUUUUUAUGUCCAAUGAGGUGGAGGCGGUGAACGGGACAGAAGUGAGACUGAAGUGCACCUUUAAGUCCAAACACCCCGUGUCCCACUCCUCUGUGACUGUCUCCUGGAACUUCCGUCCCUUGGGCCAGGGAGCCGAGGAGUCGGUGUUUUACUACCAGGAGAUGGCAUACCCCCCUACAGAGGGGCGGUUUAAGGGCCAUGCAGUGUGGUCAGGGGACAUCCUGAGACAGGACGCCUCCAUCAGCCUCCAGGACAUUCCCUUCACCUUCAACGGCACCUACACCUGCCAGGUUCGCAACCUUCCUGACGUCCACGGCAUCAACGGAGAGGUCACCCUCAGGGUCGUCCACAAAGUGUCCGUCUCUGAGAUAGGCAUCCUGGCUGUAGCCAUCGGGGGAGCUAUCGCCAUAGUCCUGGUGGUGCUGGGCAUCUUUGUGGUGUUCAAGUACCGCAAACUCAAUCGCCACGCCAACACAGACCUGGAGCUGCUGGGGAGGGAACUGCAGGAGAGAGAGUUAAAUGCCAGGGUCCUAGAGGAGAGGGAGCUAAAUGCCAGGGAUAAGAAGGAGUGGAAGGACCCUACAGUGUGUUGAGGGAUCUAGGGGGGUUCAGGGGUCAGGGGCACGUCUCUUCCCUACCUCUGCUGGUAUGGGGAAGGUGUCCUGUCUGGAUGGACUGGUCUCUGACUAGAGGGGCUGGCCAGUCCAGGACAACACUGUUUGGGAGGGACUAAUUAAUUUGCGGGGGGUGUUCUGCUUUCUUCUACCCUCUGCUCACCUCUCCCUCAAUAUGAGCCACACAGACUGAACUUGCUACUGUAGUUGAACUAACCCCAGUAUUAGGGAUCCCUUUACGUUCCGCUAGUUUAAAUUUCAGGCACCAUUUCAUGCAUUUAAUGUUUUUUUUUACAAACAACUAUGUGAUUGUAUUUUGACUAUGUAGUAUUAUGACUACUAGUAGUCUAUUUGAGUCCAUUAUUUUAUUGCGUAAUAGUCCAAGAGAUACCAAUAUGUUGGAGGAGUUUUCUUUACCAAAAUUGCUGUUCUUUGGAACUUUUUCACUGACAUCAACUCACACCGGGACUGCUGGCCCAGCUGCCUGACCUAGGCUGGUAUGUCUAUCUGUCUGGGCUUCUCUGCUUUAACUCUUAUUAGAUAUGGUUGAAUUGGCACCAGCAGCAGUCUCUUGGUGUGGUGGCGUCCAACUAGCAGACUGUGGUUCAGCAACUCUUUGCUCCAGUAUUCAUCUUCUUUUUCAUCACAUUUGGUCUGGUAGCCAUUUGUUCCAAAUUAAUUUACAGAAUUAUUUGAACACUUGAAUAAUCAACAUUGCUCUAAAGCUGAGCUAAUGGCUCAUAUGAACAUAAUUCCAAAAUGAAUGUAUUUGACAGCAGAUUUGUGAGUGUGUUUUGUGGUUAUGGUCAAGGUCCCAUCGGGAGUUAAGUCAAUGAAACACUUUUGUUAAACCUGUGGUAUCUGGAGGUGGCUAAGGUUAAGGCUAAGGGCAGGUGGAAGCCCUGUAUCUGGAGGUGGCCAACACUCUCCUGCUUCCUGGAACAAUGACAACAUAAAUGACUACCUAUUACUUCUGGACAUAAAAAGGAACUGUUAUGCAUCUUUGAAUGCAGAAGAAGAACCCCACCAUUCCAAGAAGCCUGUUUUCAAUGGGUUUUGUAGUUUUUGUGAACUGAUGUUGCCACCAUGUGUCCAUUAUAGGAAGCAGCUCCAUCUCUCUCGCUCUGUGUCCAUGCUGAGGAUCAUGGGCGUUGUGGUCUCAAAGGUUUCUCCCUCUCUCUUACUCUGCCUCUCCUGUUGUAUUACAAAGCUGCCCUUGAGCCUAAUGAACAGAGGAAUCUAUACAAGACACUGUCAACACCCCAGCCUGCCGCUCACUCCUACAGUGUACACAAGUAUGGCUUUCAGUUUACAAGAAACAUGAAGAUGUCACUGACCCAGUCAUGAGGACAUCACCAGUCCAUUCUAGCAGGAGACUCUACAAGCUGCUGGUUCUGUUCUCCUGCCUCUGCAGUUAUCCAGCCUGAUGUGUUGUGUCCCGUCUGAUCAAUUCCUGCCUCUAGCCAGCCCCAUAACCCUCCCAUGGGAAUGGAAACGGCAUUCUCCUGAUAAAGAAUUCUAUGAAUGAUUCUAUUGAUUUAUUUCAUGCAUGCGUUUGUAAAGAUCAAAACUGUAUAUUUUAUCACACGUUUUAUAAGGUAGAGAGGUUUAUUUUAUUGUGUGUUUUUCAAUAAAGGAAUGCUUGUUUUUAAAAUA